AUGGUAAAAGACCCAAGACUUUAUAAUGCAUUAAAUAUACCACCUACUGCAUCUCAAUCAGAUAUUAAAAAGGCAUAUCGUGUACAAGCUCUCCGAUAUCACCCUGAUAAAAAUAAUGAAUCAGAAGAAUCGAAAAAGAAAUUCCAAGAUAUUAGUGAAGCUUAUUCUAUCUUACGGGAUGAAAAUCAAAGGAAAAUGUAUGAUAAGUAUGGUACGGUAAAUCCAACUGAAAUCCAACAACAAAAUCAAAGAACAAACGUUCCAUUUACUGAUCCAUUUGGGAUGUCAGCAGCAGAUUUAUUUUCUCAAUUUUUCGAUACUCAAAACCAUAAUUCUGGUCAAUCUAAUUCUUCACCUCCGUUUGGUUUCCCAUUUAACUCAUCACGUAAUGGUAAUGGGAAUAAUAAUCGGGCUGCUGAUGGUGUCUUCGGAGAUUUUUUCAAUACUAAAUCUCGACCACUUCAAAAAGGCCCAGAUAUUAAUCAUAAUUUGAAAUGUACAAUCAAAGAUUUAUACCGUGGUAAGAGAAGUAAAUUACGAUUAGAGAGAAGUAAACUUUGUUCUAUUUGUAAAGGUGAUGGUGGUGUUAAAAGAUCGAUGUGUAAUCAAUGUCAUGGGGAUGGUAAUAUUACUGAAACUACUCGAUUAGGUCCAAUGUUACAAACGUUUACUCAUACAUGUAACAUAUGUAAUGGUAAUGGUUGGGUAAUAAUCUCUCAAGAGACAUGUCAAGGUUGUAAUGGUGUUGGGUUUUAUAAUGAGAUGAAGAUAUUUGAUGUAGAAAUUUAUCCUGGUAUGAAAGAUGGAACACAAAUUGUUUUUAAUAAUGAAGGAGAUGAAAUUGUUAAUAAAAGAAGGGUUAUUCCUGGUAAUGUGAUUAUUCAUAUCAAUGAGAUUGAAGAUAAUAAGUUUAAGAGAGUCAAUGAUGGACAAGACCUUUAUUAUUGGAAUUAUGAAAUUGAUUUAUUUACAAGUUUAUGUGGAGGUGUCAUAUAUAUCAAGGGUCAUCCUAAUAAUAAAUUAAUUAAAGUGGAUAUCUUACCUGGAGAAAUCAUUGAGAGUGGUAGUGUGAAAGGUGUGGAAUCCCUUGGGAUGCCCAAGAAUAAAGGAAAUGAAUAUGGUAUAUUAUAUAUUCAAUUCCAAGUGAAAUAUCCUGAGAAAUUAAACAUGGAGAGUAUUAAAGCUAUUGAAAAAAUAUUAUUAAAGGAUGAGAAUGUUAAACAAAUGCAAAAAAAUGAUGAAAAUAUUGGGCUUGAUGAUGAUUGUAUUGAAGUAGAAGAAUAUGUAUUAAGUUCAUUUGUACCACCUGUGGCAAGGACUAAUGAAAAGAAACGAGCACGUAAUUGA